CCAUCGUCGUCGUUCCACUCCAGAAUGGUCCGCGCAACGCGAUCCAGCAGCGACUCUGUUGAUUCUGCUGCUGCCAGCGCGGAUGCAGCACAAACGCCGUCGUCGCCCAGCCGCAGCAGCACCCGCCGCCGCACUGCCGAUCCCUCAUCAUCAUCUGCUUCAGUAUCAUCAUCUGCUUCAGUAUCAGCAGCAUCCGUGGCGUCGGGAUCCAACUCCCGCUCAUCAUCGCCAUCCUCCUCCUCCUCCUCCUCCACUUCCGCCUCUACUUCCGCUGCUGCCGCCCCGUCCGCGCCUGCACCCGCGCCCGCGUCUCUGAGCGACUGGCGCCUCGCUGCCUACCGCGACAUCUCGGAGCAGUUUGUUGAGGACGUCACCCUCGACUUCUUCUACAAGCCACACACCAUCACGCUGCUCUUCUCCGCCAUCGCUGCCCUCGUCUACGUUGCGUUCUCUGCAAACCCCGACGGCGAGACGGUCGAAAACGUCAAGAACGGCGUCUUGGCAAUGGUCUUCUUCAUUCUCGUCAUCUCGCUCGUCGCCUUCCCGAACGGACCAUUCACGCGUCCCCAUCCGGCCGUCUGGCGAUUCGUCAUGGGCCUGAGUGUCGUCUACCUGCUCUUCCUGGUGUUCUUGUUGCUUCAAACGCGCAGCGAUGCAGAGAAAAUCAUCUCUGCACUGAUUGGCGAGAAACUGGGCCACGGACUGAACGCAGCGAGCGAGUUCUACGCCGAGGAUUGCAGCGUCUCGUGGGAGACGGUCUCGAGCAAGUUUGAUCGCUUUGUCUUUGCACACCUCAUCGGCUGGGUGGUCAAGGCGCUGAUGCUCCGAAACGUCUUUGUGUGCUGGGUCAUGUCUGUGCUCUGGGAGAUUACCGAGGUCAUUUUCAUGGGCAUGCUCCCCAACUUUGCCGAGUGCUGGUGGGACGCGCUCAUUCUCGACGUGCUCGUCUGCAACGGCCUUGGCAUCUACAUUGGCAUGCGCCUUGCCAAUUACCUUGAGAUGCGCACAUACAACUGGGAGUCCAUCUCGACCAUCCCCACCGUUUCGGGCAAGCUCCGCCGCGCCAUUUUGCAGUUCACCCCCGUCCGCUGGACGGUCGUCCGCUGGGAGCUUGGCACUGUCAAGCGAUUCCUCGUCGUCACCAUGCUGAUUGUCCUCUUUAGCAUCAGCGAGCUCAAUGCCUUCUUCCUCAAGCACAUCUUCCACAUUCGCUCGAGCCACCCCAUCAAUCUCUACCGCAUGAUCCUCUGGGCGGUCUUUGGCACUCCCGCUCUGCGCCAGCUCUACAUUUACGCCUGCGACUCCAACUGCAAGCGCAUUGGCACACAGUGCUGGAUUGCUGGCGCCGUCAUUUUCGUCGAGCUGUUUGUCUGCAUCAAGUUUGGCAGGGGCCAGUUCGCAGACACCGAGCCCAUCAAGAGCGGCCUGCUGUGGUUGUGCUUGUCGACCUGCUUCUGCUUGGCGGCCAUGCAGCUGUUUGCGCGCCACGAGGCUGACGUUGAGGGUGCCGCCCUCCGUGACAAGGUCACCAUCGCCGUCGCCGAGACGGACGGUCGCCUCGACCACGCGUUGGGCCGUCGCCAUCUUGCAACCCCGCCUGCAAACCUGCCAGCUCGGGCACAGCUCGACAGUGCAGUGCUCGACGCCCGCGACCAGGUUCGGAAGCGAGGACCUCGUGUCAAGACGCUGAGCGAGUCUUGAGCAGCAAAACUGUCGAAUCUCCGGUUCUUUGAUUUGUGCUGCUUUUGGUUCACCUUCAAAAAAAAAAGUGCUGUUGCUAAUUGGAUUGAAUGCUCACAUGACUAAAAUACACAAGCACUACUUAUUCACGCA